AUGUCGUUUUUACUUUGCUCCUGGCAGCUGCCUGAGGUUCACGUCAUCUUGGGGGUGGCGAUCUUGCUACUUGGCUUUGUCUAUCGAGAUCGACCCAUUUUUGUCUCGCAAUGCGACCAUAUCAAGGGACCACCUGGUCUACCGCUCAUCGGAAACACGCUUCAGGUCUUGAAAGAUGCUGCGAAUCCGCUUCAAGCUAUGCUUGCCAGAUCAAUGCAAUAUGGCCUGCCAAACACAAUGACCGUAAUCGGUAUGGGGAGGGCCAUCAAUGUCACCAGACCCGAUUGGAUUCAGCAUAUUCAGAAAACCAACUUUGCCAACUACGUCAAAGGUCCGAAGCUGCGUGCUUGCCUCCAUGACCUUCUAGGAGACGGCAUUUUCAACGCCGAUGGAAACACCUGGAAAGCUCAGAGAAAGGUCGGAUCCAAUAUCAUGACGACUUCGAAUCUCAAGAAUCUCGUCUCGCACGUCCUCGAUGCACAGUCGGAACGCUUUUGCGCUCUCCUACAACAAGCAUCUGACAAAGCCGAACCUGUCGAUCUUCAGAGCGCCUUUUUCGACUUCACUAUUCACACUUUCCUCAACAUUGCCUUUUCCACCGACCUUGACUCGGUUCAGUCGGCUGACUGUCCAGCAGACAUGGAAGCAUCAGCAUCCCAUCUUUCCUUUGCUGAGGCGUUUGAUCUUGCGCAGCAGCUCAGUGUGCGCCGCAUCAAUCGUCCGUGGUGGAAGCUGAAUCGUCAUUGGAGCUCAGAAGAGAAGAAGCUUCAGGGCGCCAUUCGCAAGAUCGACAACUGUCUUUUCCCUCUUAUUGAGCGGAGAAGCAGCGACGAGUCAUCAAAUACACGCCCAGACUUACUCGGCCUCUUUCUCGCCUACCGUGACGAGCAACAAGAGCCCCUCAGCCAUCGACAGCUUCGAGACGCGCUUCUGAACUACCUCCUUGCUGGUCGAGACACUACGGCGGAAAGUCUUUCCUGGGCAACCUUUGAGCUGCUCCGACAUCCUUCUGCCAUCCGAAAUCUGCGAGAAGAAAUCAGCGUCAAUGAGAUCCUAUUUGACACUCCACAAGGUAUCGAGAGUAUGCAUUUCAACGACUUUCCAGCAGAGAGAAGCAGCACCUUCGAGUUUGGUCACACCAAGCAGCUCCACCAAGCCCGCGCUAUCUACCACGAAUCCUUGCGUCUUCAUCCUUCGGUGCCCCGUUCAUCUAAAGUGGCUCUGGAUGAUGACAUUCUUCCCGGCGGUGUUUUCGUUCCGAAGGGCACCACUGUCAUCUGGUCCGAUUGGUUGCUUGCCAGGAGCAAGGACGUCUGGGGAGAAGAUGCGUCAGAAUGGAAACCUCACCGCUGGCUUGACAGCAAAGGCGUGUUUGUCAACCAGAGUCCAUGGAAGUUUCAUGCCUUCAAUGGUGGUCCACGGGCCUGUCUUGGGAUCCAACUGGCGCAAUUUCAGGGCAUGUACAUGCUGACCAGGAUUUUUAGUCAAUUCGAUUUGCAACUCGAGUCAGAUCUAGGCUGCCAUCAUGAGCCCGAGGUCGAGAAUACGCUCACCUUACCUAUGAAGAAGCCGUUGAUGGUCAGAAUCUACCCUCGCAUCGACUAA